AUGGCUUUUUUACAUUCUCAUUCAAGCGAGUUUGCCAAGUCAGAAUUGGACUUAUUUACCAUACCAUCAACACAAACAAGCAUCGAAUAUUCACAAUGGACGCACUACAAUCCAGUUUCUUCAAUAACAGACGACUCGCCCAUUGAAUUUGUUAUACCUGGGCAUGGUGAUGAAUACAUCGAUUUACCUCAUUCAAUGUUAAAAAUACGGGCACAAAUAAUUGCUGCUGACGAAACUCACGCUGCGGCCGAUAAAGUCGGUCCUGUAAAUAAUUUAUUAUACUCAAUGUUCAAUCAAAUUGAUGUGUUUUUCAAUCAAAAAUUAAUUUUACCGCCUAAUAAUGCAUAUGCUUACCGAGCAUACAUUGAAACUAUAUUAAAUUACAGGAGUGAUGCGAAGAAUUCACAUUCAGGUUUAACUUUGAGGUCUAAUGAUACCAGCGGGGCGUUUGAUCAUCCUGUAGGAGGUAUUGGUGAAAAUGACAACAAUGUUAGUAACAAAGGCCUAGAAGAACGUGCGGGGAUUACUAGAAAUGGCGCGAAAUUUGAUUUACUUGGACAUCUACAUUCUGAUAUUUUUAAUCAAGAUGAAUUUUUAUUAAACGGUGUAGAAAUGCGCUUACGUUUAGUACAUACAAAAAAUUCAUUCGUCUUAUGGACAGUACAAAUAAAAAUUACAAAAUACAUUUGCUUGAGGCAUCACUUAUUGUAA